AUGUAAGCUUGAUAUCCUAGUGCCCCGCUGCCCCUCUAUUGCGUAAUAGCGAUUACUUCGUUUCAUUAAUAAGUCAUCAAGACUUUUUUAUGAUCGUGAAAAUUGAAAUUUAAUUAUGGGUAUACUCUGAUAUACUCUACGUUGCUUGACACUUGCAAACAGGCAUCCUCACUCAUUUCUUACAACAAGUGAGUCAGUUCCAUCACUCAACUAUUCAUUGGCAUUAUGGCAACUUUCUUAGCCCGAAGCGCACUCCGCGCUGUUUCGCAAACCCCACGUCUAGCUUUUCCCAAAGCUACGACAUCUCCAGUCGCCUUGAAAUCCUGGGCUCAACAACCAGUCUCAUGCCGUUUCUUGGCCUCAUCGACUAAACCGUCGGAGCAGCCUCGUCUACGGCUCGGUAGCGAGGCACCCAACUUCCAAGCCAAGACAACACAUGGAGAGAUUGAUUUUCACCAAUGGCUUGGCGGUUCUUGGGCCAUAUUAUUUUCACAUCCAGCCGAUUUCACACCAGUAUGUACAACUGAGCUCGGCGCCUUCGCCCGGCUCGCCCCCGAGUUUGAACGCCGCGGUGUUAAAAUGAUCGGUCUAAGCGCCAACGACUUGUCGUCGCACAAGCGCUGGAUCGCCGACAUCAAUGAGUUGUCCUCUACAAACCUUCAGUUUCCUAUUAUCGCCGAUGCCGACCGCCGCGUCGCAUUCCUGUACGAUAUGGUAGACGCUCAGGACUUAAGCAAUAUCGAUGAGAAGGGCAUCGCCUUCACGAUUCGCUCCGUGUUUGUCAUUGACCCUCAAAAGAAAAUUAGACUUACUAUGAUGUACCCUGCUAGCACGGGUCGUAACACCACCGAAGUCCUGCGCGUCAUUGACUCGCUACAAACUGGCGACAACAUGGGUGUCACGACACCUGUUGACUGGCAGCUAGAGGACGACGUCAUCGUACCACCUAGUGUGAGCACCGAAGAUGCCAAGAAGAAAUUUGGUACUGUGAGGGAGGUCAAGCCGUAUUUGAGGUACACUAAGAUCUGAGUAGGGGGAAGAUUAGCACAUUUAGUGUCUCGUUCGGUCGGUGUUCACAGUAUUAUCACACCUACCACUCAAAGCAAUUCGAUGGAAAGAAUUGUAGACGCAAGACAUAUAAACCUUCUAUGGUAUACUUUGAAGGCUCGUCUCUGAAAACCUAGUUGCUUGGUAAUUUGUGUCUCGGCAUACUCUAACGGAGGCAUUGAGAACACACCGAAACA